GAAAAUUAGUGGCCUCCAUGUGUGUCUAGCUUCUUCUUCUUUUCCCCUUUUUUCUUUGCCAUUUUACCAACUCUACCUCAUUAUAAAUAGCCACUUCAAUUCAUUGAUAAAAAUGGUGAAUUGACACGACUUUCUUCACGCCUCCUGAGAUGGCACAUGGAGUUGGAGAAACUUUGGUGCUUUUCUUGUUGGCGGUGUACUUCUCAAAGGGAAUGUCCAUAAGACACCACCAUGAAAGCAAUGAUAACGAGUCCACUAGCUCCUCGUUCAUUGAUGGAAGGUUUUGCUUGAGUUGGAGGCUUGGAGUGGAGACAAACAACGUGCUUCUGUGGCGUACGGUUCCAACUCAGUGUUUGCAAUAUGUCGAGGAUUACUUGAUUCAUGGGCAGUACGAUCGGGACCUGGAAUUGAUCAUGGAACAAGCCUUGAGUUAUGUGGAUGCUAUACCCCUCGUUGCUGAUGGCAUGGAUGGUUGGAUUUUGGAUGUUGAUGACACUUGUCUCUCCAACAUUUAUUAUUACAAAAGCAAGAAAUAUGGGUGUGACCCCUAUGAUCCACUAGCGUUUAGAGCAUGGGCAAUGAAAGGAGGGUGCACAGCUCUUCCUCCUGUAUUAACGCUAUUUAACAAGUUGAUAGAUAAAGGAUUUAAGGUAUUCCUCCUUACCGGAAGAGAUGAAGAGACACUUGGUCAAGUUACCAUUGACAACUUGCACAAUCAAGGUUUCACUGGCUAUGAGCGACUCAUGAUGAGGACAAUGGUAUAUAAAGGGAAAAGUGCAGCAACAUAUAAGUCCGAUAUAAGGAAGCAAUUAGAAGAUGAAGGUUACAGGAUAUGGGGAAAUGUGGGCGACCAAUGGAGUGAUCUCCAAGGAAACUCUUCUGGAAACCGAACUUUUAAGAUCCCAAAUCCAAUGUAUUUUGUUCCAUAGUGUAUGUUUGGAAAUCUUGUUUAUUCUAGCCAAUGUAAAUGUAACGUUUCAUGUUGAAAGCUACAAUGAAGAAGUUUGUCAUGUGAUGAACAAUUAGGAAUUAGAUUUCAUGUUUGAUAUUAAAUAUAUCAUAUUAGGGCUGACCGUGAGAA